CUUAAUAAUUGAGUAUUUUAGUGCGUGAUUGUUUUUCAUGCCCAAGAUGAAAAAUUUCAUCUAUCUAUCGCUGCUUGUAAUCGGAGUCAGCUCAUUUUACAUAGAUGACGAUCCGAUGGACAAGGACAAAAUCGUCGGAGGGAAAAUAGCGGCGAUCAAAAAAUUCCCUUAUCAGGCUCAACUCGUCGUGAAGGAUCGCAUGCUUUGCGGCGCGGCCAUCAUAUCGGAGUACUGGCUGGUCACCGCGGGCCACUGCGCCUUCCGCACGCAGUUCCUGCUGCCGCGGAAAAUCCUCACGGGCACGCGCUACAAUCGCCGUGGCGGCCACCUGCGCGAGAUCGACUACAUCGUCGAGCAUCCGCAGUACACCAACGAGACCGACGACAACGAUAUCGCCCUGAUCAAGUUGAAAGAACCGAUAAAGUUCGACGAGAAGCAGCAGCCGAUACCGUUGACCGAUCGACGCGUCAAAGUGGGCGACAAGGUUCUCGUUUCCGGUUUCGGCUGGGAGGCGGACAACGCGCGGCGCACCUCCAAGCAGCUGCUCAAGGCCACCGUCUACGCCAGCGAUCUCGAGUCCUGUCGCAGGCUCUAUCUGCUGACCCACGACACCAUCACGCGCAACAUGUUCUGCGCCUGGGCCUACGGCAGGGACUCGUGCCAGGGCGACUCGGGCGGUCCCGCCGUCGUGGACGGCAAACUCGCUGGUAUCGUUUCGUUCGGCGACGACUGCGCCUCGCUCGUCUUCCCGGGCGUCUACACGCAGGUGCACAACUAUCUGGCCUGGAUCGACGAGGUCACGGGAGAGAAAAAUAAGACCGGAGUCGAGCUGUACAACGAGCCGAACGUCCAGAAGGAUCCAAAAGUCGAGAAUGAGAAGGAGAUAGAGGAGAUGGAGAUUCCCGAGGAAGGCGAGGAAAUGGAAGAGUACGUCGACGUCGACGACUCGGUCGAAGAUUAUUACGACGACGAGUCGACUACUUCUACUUUUGGUUCAAUUGCAAAAAAGUUCUUCAGCUUCUUUGACAAGCUUAAAUCAUGAUUUUGGCCGUGAAAAUUGUAAAGAAUCGAAUAGAGUAUGAGGAAAUAAAUAGAUAUGGCAGUCA